UUCACGUCAAAGUAAACUGGAGGGAUUUUGGCAUGCUGCUGGAUAGCUACGGAUAGUAUUAACGUUAACUACUACAAGUACGACAACAAUAAGGCAAUACACAGGUGGUCUCAAGAUGGAUAUGGAGGACAACACCACUGUAUUCUCAACCCUCAAGUCCUUCAACUCAUUUAUCUCUCACCCUGAGCCUCCCAAGCGCCACUCCGAGCAACCAGCAGGAAGUGCAAACUUGCAGAUAAACUACAAACGCAGCAUGGAGCUGUUAGACGCAGCAGAACGGGUUCAGUCCAAGAGCCAGUACAUUCAGUUGGACCAGGAGAAGAAACAGAUGGAGUUGAGUCACAAGCGUGCUCGCUUUGAGCUUGAGAAGGUUGCCACUGAUAGCGCCCGGGAUCUGGAGCGAGAGGUGGACCGAAAUCAGGACCUCCUGGGGAGAAUCAAACGUCUGGAGGAGAAGGAGGGAGAUGCUGCUAAAAACCUUUCAGAGCAGUUUGGGAAUAACAGAGUUCUGCGCAAGAACUUCGAUGACCUGAACAAGAAGGUGUUGGAGCGAGAUGUGAGAUUAAACACUGCAAACCAGACGAUCAGUUCUCUGCAUGAUGAGAUCAGAGAACUGAAACAGACGGUUCAGAAUCAGGACUGUACCAUCUCCACAAAGAACCUGGAGAUCCAGUCCUUGCAGGAGCAACUGGACCUGCAACGGAGGAGGUACCAGGAGAUGUCCCAGCUCUGCCAAAGUCUCCAGUCUGCCCAGUCCUCGUGCUCCGAACAUGUGAAUAAGAUCAAGGAGUUGGAGAGACGUCUGUCACUUCAGGAGCAGGACAUUGCGUUGGUGAGGACCAUGAGGUCAGAGGUCGCCAGGGUUCAAGACCUGGACAAGGAGGUGCGCCGCCUCCGGGAAGACAACGCCUACCUCAGGGAGAGCAGAGAGAACAGCAGCCUAUUGAAGGAGGAGGUCGAAGGGCUGAGGAGGAAACUGGAGAGGAUGGAGAAGACCAAUGAAGACCUUGUCAAUUCAGAGCUGGAGAAAGAGAGGCUGAUUGAAAAGCUUCAGGCCUGGGAGAACCUUGGACAAUCUACCGGGCUGAACAUAAGGAAGCCUGAAGAUCUGUCUCGGGAAGUGAUUCAGAUUCAGCAGAGGGAAAUUGCCCUGAAAGAGCAGAACUACACACUUUCUAGCAGGGUGCGUAGCGUGGACCGCUCCCAGUCCCAGCUGCAGGGCGAGGCGUCCCAGCAGCGCAGCAAGGCCCUGGAGGAGCAGAAGAAGAGGGAGACGCAGGACGCCCUGGUCCGCCGGCUGCAGAAGAGGGUGCUGCUGCUGACCAAGGAGCGGGACGGGAUGCGCUCCAUCCUGGAGUCGUACGACAGCGAGCUGUCCCACACCGACUACUCUCCCCAGCUCAGCAAGCGGCUCAGGGAGGCGGAGGACAUCCUGCAGAAGACCCAGAGCCACCAUUUGGAGAUGGAGGGCCAGCUCACCAAAGCCCAGGAAGAAAGCGGGACUCUCAAACUCCAACUUCAAUCCGUGGAGCUGGAGCUCGAGUCUGUGAGGAAACAGCAGAGCUCCGUUGCCGAGAGCAACUCUGGGAUGGUCAAAGAGGAGGUCCUCUUGCUCAGGCAGAAGAUUGAGGAUGUUGAGGGGGAGCGACAGCGAUUAGAGGAGCAGAACAACAUUCUGGAGAUGAGACUGGAGCGACACAGCCUGCAGGGUGACUAUGAUCCAGUCAAGACCCGAGUACUUCAUUUGAAGAUGAAUCCCACGAACGUUGCUAAGCAACAGAGGCAGCAGGAAACGGAGGCUCUUCGGGAGGAAGUGACACGACUGCGGGAGCACCUGCGCUCGCUGAAGGACGCCGGGCCCCUGGCAUCGCAGGACGACCCCCACACUGGCAGCCCAGGCCUGGGCCUCAGCCUGCCCCCGUCACAGGAGGUGCUCGAUCUGCGUAAGCAGAUGGAGAGCUCCGAGAUGAAGAACAAGCGGCUGAAGGAGGUGUUCCAGAGGAAGAUCCAGGAGUUCCGCACCAUGUGCUACGUGCUGACGGGCUACCAGCUCGACGUCACCACGGAGAACCAGUACCGCCUCUCCUCUGUGUACGCUGAGCACAUGGACGACUCCCUGCUCUUCAAGAAGGGCUCCAGUGGCAUCAUGCAGCUGAUGGAGACGGAGUUCUCCAAGACUCUCGGGGAGAUGGUUGCCCUCCACCUGCAUCACCAGAAGAGCAUCCCCGCCUUCCUGUCCGCCGUGACCCUUGACCUCUUCAGCCGGCAAACGAUCUUCUGAGCCAAUCAGAACAAAGCAUGUGAUUUUGGGUCCCCUUGUUUUUUUUUGUGUUUUUAUUGCCUCUCCUUUUCUUUCACAGGAUGCGGAAGGUGGUUGUGGAAGGAAAAUGUGUUGACAGAUUUACCACUUAAGUGGAUCAACAGUCAUUUGGUUCACGAGGAAAGGAAAGCUGUAUUCCUCUCCUCGUCAGCCCCACCUGUAGGGAUUACAUUUUGGUGAAAGAGAAUGAUAUGGAAAUGUGUGAAAUUCAAUGACGCGCAAUAUUGAUAUAGACAGGAGUCUAAUGUGUGUAUUUUGUCGUUGCAAUUUGACAGUGUAUCAUGGGAUUGAGGAUUUGUGUUUUUUUUAAAUAUUUUUAUGAUUAAAAUGCAAGUAUUUACUUCUAAUCGUAUCAUGUGUGUUUUAAGAAGGAGUGUGUCUGUAAUUAGGAGAAUUACCUAGUGUGUAUCUUCACUUUUUAAACUCUUGUUUUCGCACUGAAUACUCUGGACAGAUAACAUUUUCCCUCCAUAAUAUCAAAAUUGAAUUGCAGUUAUAAUUUUGUACCCAUUUUAUGGGUACUAACUUUAUGGGUACCCGUUUAUACUCAUUUUAAUAAGACAGAUGGUAAUAAAAUCUAUAGAAUAUAUUUGUUCAGAACUUGUAACAAUAUGAAGUCAGGCUGUGUCUCACGACGGAAUUUGAAACAGUUGAUCAUGAAUUUCGACUUUUUUUUUUCCUGAACCUCGGCGACCAGAAUACAUGAGAGACCGUGCUCUGAAUCGUAAUUAGCGCGGGGAAAAGACAGGGACUGGGGAUGGUUGGAGCGGCGCAAUAGAGACCAAUAAAACCAAUAACAUGGAGGGAGGCACGAUCCAGGGAGAAAUCUAAUAACGCACACAAACUUUGGAAAAGACCGAAAUGAGAAUCAAACCCAUCCUCCUUA